AUGUCUAGCGAUUUCGCUAUCUAUAUUCGAGACAAGCUUUUCGACAGCAAAACAUCUGUAGACCAUAAAAUCUUACAUAGUGUAAACAAGAAAGGUGAAUUUGUUCUAAAGUUCUGUUUCUGGGAAUAUGACAAGAACCAUAAAACAUUAAGCAGAGAAGUCUUAAAAUUUGUCAAUGACAGACUUGUUGACAGAGAUGACGCCGAUUGGAAAGCUGAAGUCCAACAAAAGUUCUUAGAAUGCAAAGAAGACACAUGCGCUGUUCUUGAAGAUGAAAUAGAAAACAGAAUAGAAGAGCUAUUAAAGGACAAAGAACUUUUACAUAAAUAUGGUUGCGCCAAAUUUGACAUAACUCCACCAGAGAAGAAGAAGAAGAGAGAAAAGAAAGAAAAGAAAGUAGAAGAAGAAAAGAAAGUAGAAGAAGAAAAGAAAGUAGAAGAAGAGAAGAAAGAACCUGAACCAGUUCCAGAGAAAAAGAAAUUUGACAUGUAA